AUGGAGAAAUCAACAAUGUCAGCUAUACUAUUGGUGUUGCACCUUUUUUUCGUCCAUCUUCAAUAUUCCGAGGUUCACUCGCUUACCAAUACUCAUCCUCAUGAUUUUCGCUACUUGAAAUUUGUGUACAACGCCACUGAUCGAAGGUUGGAAGGAUCAUAUGACUACAUUGUAGUUGGUGGAGAAACCUCAGGGUGUCCAUUGGCAGCAACUUUAUCAGCAAAAUACAAGGUGCUCCUCCUCGAAAGGGGCAGUCUUCCCAUAGACUAUCCGAACACCUUGACUUCAUCCGGGUUUGCAGCUAAUCUGCAGCAGGAAGAUGACGGAAAGACACCAGUCGAAAGGUUCGUGUCCCAAGAUGGUAUUGAUAAUGUAAGAGGCAGGGUCCUCGGCGGAACCAGCACCAUCGGUGCCGGCGUCCACGCCAGAGCUAACACCUCAUUCUAUAGUCAAUCAGGAGUUAAUUGGGACUUGAAUUUGGUUAAUAAGGCAUAUCAGUGGGUUGAGGACACUAUUGUGGUCAAGCCAAAAUCUCAGUCUUGGCAAUCUGUUAUAGGAGAGGCAUACUUGGAGGCUGGUUUUCUUCCAAACAAUGGUUUUAGUUUGGAUCACAUACGGGGAACUAGACUUACCGGCUCAACUUUUGACAAUAAUGGAACGAGACAUGCAGCUGAUGAACUGCUUAAUAAAGGAAACCCUAAAAACCUGCGAGUUGCAGUGCAUGCCUCAGUAGAGAAGAUCCUCUUCUCUUCCUGUAAAUCAAAUCUGUCAGCUAUAGGAGUCAUUUAUAGGGAUUCUUUCGGUAGGCCUCAUCGGGCAUUUGUACGCGGUAAGGGAGAAGUUAUAUUGAGUGCAGGGCCAAUCGGGACGCCUCAAGUUCUACUACUUAGUGGCGUUGGCCCAGAGCGUUACCUAUUAUCGCAGAGAAUCCCAGUUGUUCGUCUCCAUCCUCACGUUGGGCAGUUUUUGUAUGACAAUCCUCGUAAUUUCAUUAACAUUUUGCCCCCACGUCCAAUCGAACCAUCAGUUGUAACUGUUUUAGCCAUUAAAAGUGAAUAUUACCAAAUUUCUCUCUCGAGCUUGCCACUUUCGAAACCAGCCUUUAGUCUUUUCCCUACAACAUCUUACCCCCUCCCAAAUUCGACUUUCGCUCAUAUUGUUAGCCAAGUUCCAGGACCUUUGUCUUAUGGUUCAGUCACGCUAAAAUCAUCAUCUAACGUGAACAUCGCUCCAAAUGUUAGAUUUAAUUACUUUUCAAAUCCCACAGACCUUGCUCUUUGUGUUAGAGGCAUGAAGAGGCUUGGUGAGGUCUUAAGGACAGAGGCAUUAAGACCAUAUAAAGCUCGAAAUGUGCCGGGUAUUGAAGGUUUCAAUUUUCUGGGAGUACCUUUACCAAAGAACCAAAAUGAUGAUAAAGCCUUGGAAAGAUUUUGUCGAGAUAAUGUAGCCUCAUACUGGCAUUAUCACGGUGGAAGCCUCGUCGGGAAGGUGCUUGAUGGUAAUUUCCGUGUUAUAGGGAUCAAAGCAUUACGCGUUGUUGAUGGCUCCACAAUCCCUUACGAACCAUGUAGCCAUCCUCAGGGCUACAUUAUGAUGUUAGGCAGGUAUGUGGGCCUUCAAAUCAUGCGAGAAAAUUCGGUCUGA